AUUUCUUUACUUAAUAUGCAAAUACAUGCCUGUCCUUACCAUCCGCUGCAGAAUUGCCAGUGGAAGGAUGUACAAACUGCCCCGUGCCGGUUUGGUGCCCAGCGGCACAUGCAGAGCGUCCUCAGGGACUCCGUGGAGAGCUCCGAUGAUGAAUUCUUCGAUGCACGAGAAGAGAUGGUGGAAGGAAAAAGUGCCAUUCUCAUAGGCAUGAGCCAGUGGAACUCAAAUGACCUUGUUGAGCAGAUAGAAACAAUUGGGAAGCUGGAAGAAAGUCAAGGUGAAGAGUCUGCAUUUUGCUCAUCUGGCUUUCUGCAGGAAAAACAAUGUGAAUUAUAUAAAGCCUCUUUAAGAAAACAAAGGUUCCCUGCACAAGGUAGUGUUGAAAUACACGAGGACAAUGAGAAGCAGGAAAGAAUAAGUUGUGGUCCUUCCAACAAACUGAUUAAGGUCCUCUGUCCACACAUAGGACAGGAAGGAGUUCAACACCAGAACUGCAAAACUCAUGUGUUAAUUUUGAUCCUACAUGGAGGGAACAUCUUAGACACUGGAGGUGGGGACCACAGCAGCAAGCUGGCAGACAUCAACACCUUCAGUUCUGUAUUUGAGAAGGUUACCCGAGCCCAUUUCCCUGCCUCUUUGGGCCAUAUCCUAAUGAGACUUGUUCCCUGCCCAGCAAUCUGUUCAGCAGCUUUCUCUCUUGUUUCCAACCUAAAUCCCUACAGCUAUGAUGAGAGCUGUCUCAGCAGCAGUGAAGACCACAUCCCACUGGCUGCCUUGCCUUUGCUGGCUGUUUCAUCUCCUCAGUACCAGGAUGCCGUUUCCAUGGUGAUCAGCAGAGCCAAUCAAGUUUACAAUGAGUUUCUCAAAUCUACAGAUGGGGCUGGUUUUAAUGGACAGGUGUGUCUCAUAGGUGACUGCAUUGGAGGAAUUUUGGGCUUUGAUGCCAUCUGCUAUAAUUCUAAUACAGCUGACGAGAGUCGGAACAGUAGCAGGAGAGGAAGCAUCAGCAGCAUCCAGGAUAAUCCCCUUUUAGCAGAGGACUCCAGUCUGGGUGACAGCAAACACCUGAGCAAAAGCAAUAUUGACAUCUCGGGAAUCAUGGAGGAUGAGGAGCCAAGGCAGCCGUUGCCUCGGAAACAAAGUGACUCCUCCACCUAUGACUGUGAUGCUAUAGCCCAGCAUCAUGCUCUCCUGUCUAGCAUCCACUCAAGUGUGUUGAAAGAUGGUGCAGACCUUCCUCCUGUGGAUUCCAGUCUCUCAGAAGUAAACCUGGGCCGAUUUGAAUUUGAGGUGUCUGAUUUCUUCCUCUUUGGGUCGCCACUUGGUUUGGUGCUGGCCAUGAGGAGCACUGUUCUGCCUGGACUGGAUGUUAAAGUAAAAGCUUACUUUACUUUUCGAUAUUCACUACAUGAUUUGUCUCUUUGCGUGGUGGAUAUCUUCAUAAUGACUGAGCCAUCUUCGGGUAGGUGGGUGUACUUUGACACAGAGAUAUCCAACAGCAGUGGCCGGAUAUCAUACAACAUACCUGAACAGAAGAGACUGAGAGUUGGUGUGUAUCCCAUCAAAAUGGUGGUCAGAGGGGACCAGAGCAGUGCUGCAAGUUACCUGACGGUACUUCCCCGAGGAAUGGAAUGUGUUGUGUUCAGCAUUGAUGGUUCGUUUGCAGCAAGUGUUUCAAUUAUGGGAAGUGACCCCAAAGUCCGAGCAGGGGCCGUUGAUGUUGUCAGGCAUUGGCAGGACCUGGGAUAUCUGAUUAUCUAUAUCACUGGCCGUCCAGAUAUGCAAAAACAGCGUGUGGUUUCAUGGUUGUCUCAACACAACUUCCCACAAGGGAUGAUCUUCUUCUCAGAUGGACUGGUUCAUGACCCACUGCGACAAAAGACCAUUUUUCUCCGGAAUCUCAUGCAAGAGUGCCACAUCAAAAUCUGUGCUGCAUAUGGUUCCAUGAAGGAUAUUUCUGUGUACAGUGUCUUGGCUCUGUCACCAUCCCAGAUCUACAUAGUUGGACGACCCACAAAGAAAUACCAGGCACAGUGUCAAUUCCUCAGUGAAGGUUAUGCAGCCCACUUGGCCUCACUGGAGUUCAGUCUCCAUUCACGACCCAAAAAGAACAACUCUCGGAUGAUCUUGAGAAAAGGUAGCUUUGGCCUCCACUCCCAACCUGAGUUUCUGCGCAAGAGGAACCACCUCCGCAGGACUAUGUCUGUGCAGCAGCCUGACCCACCUUCCUUGAACCCCAAGCCAGAGCGUGCCCAGAGCCAGCCUGAAUCAGACAAAGAUCACGACAGGCAUUUGCCCUCCAUUGCUUGGGUUCGAGGUGUUCACAAAUUUGAAUCUGUUCCCUAGGAAGAUUGGGAAUGUAGAUCUUGGGUGCACCCCAUUAAACUUGUAGGCAUGCCUCAAAGAUAAUAUUUAGGCACCUCCAAACUAAGAGAUGUAGACGGGAACCUGUACCUCGGAGUCUUCCCUGUUCUGAAAUCUGUGUUCUUAUACCAAGUGGGGAACUUGCAGUUUGCUCCUCUUGUCAUGUUUAUUGGGAGAUUUUAAAACAACCUAAAACUACUGCAAGUGGUUACAACAUCAAAGCAAAAGGAAAUAUCUUUGAUUAUUUUUUACAACAGAUAUAAUAUGUGCAAUAAGAGAAAGAGCUAAAGCAGGCUGAUUUUACUCAGAAGAAGGGUUGUGGUAUGAGCUAACUAGCUGCAUCCAAACCAGUAUAAAUGGUAGGUUGCAUAGGUUACAGAGAAGGUUUACACUUUAAAUAGUCCUGUCUGUUUCCACUUUUCAAUAAAGUGGCACACUUGCAAGGGAAGCAGAGAUGGGAACUACAAUAACAGGUGGUCAGAGUUUGUAUAACAAUAUGCUUUUUGGGUGCUUUAAGCCCAAGAUUUCCUUUCAGCUUGCAGUGAUGGUAAACAGACUCCAACAUCGGCACUCAUGUUCGUGUGAGGUGCUGGACAAAUAAAUGAGAACUUCAUUUAUGAACCAAAUUAUAAAAACUUCAUGUUAAAAAUAAAUGUGUCUGCCACAGUUUGAAGCAGUUAGUGUUGCUGUAAACAAAUAAUGUGCAACUGUACGAAGAUCACACUGUUUUGUGGAAUUUGGUGACUGUGCAGAAAUGUAUGGACUACUUCGGUAAGGAGAUGGCUUUGCCCAUCUCAGUCUGAGAGUCAGAUCUUAAGAGGGUAAGCUAAAGGGAACCCUUUUACUAAGGGAUCUGCAAACUCCAGGGGAAUCUUUACACUGGAGGAAAAGAAAAGAAAAGUAAUGAGGUAUAUCAGUGAAUUGUUUACCUUCUCAUGCUUUAUAGCAACUGCUGUGUUAAGACAAUCUGUAGCAUUCAGAAUUACAGCAUUUGAGCUUCACAGAAUGGACACGACAAAUUACAGGUGCCAAAUAGACAUUUUUCUACAGAUUUAAAUUUCUCUCUGAUCUCCCAGUGGACUUACUAGAAGUAAAAUAUGUGACAUUUUCCUUAAGUAGUAUAAGUAGUAAUAUUUCUGAAGUGUUGUAGUUAGUUUAACAUAGUAGCAGUUUGCAGAUUCUUCAUGCAGAUACUUCCACUGAGAGAAUUCAUCAAGAGAACUUUCAUGACCGAACUGAUGCAUGUUUUAAAACCUGCAAUGAAGUUACAAGUGCACAUAAAACCCCCUUUUUUUUAAAAGUUACAACAAGACUAUUGACACCGAGAAAGCUCGAAGUCAAUAGGACAUUUCUUUUUCAGGUUGGUUUGUUAGUUUUUAAUUUCAGGGAAUUGGGGUGGAGAGGGUGUUGUGCCUCCCCACCCCCCUUUCAGGUUUUUGUAUACCAGAAACAGUCUCUCAACAAGUUGGUUAAUGAUUUUGAUAGUUGACGGUAAAACAAGUAAGAAAUGCAAUGGAAAACUAUCAAGACACUGCAGAAGUAAACCUAAGUCUCUACUCCCUGUUAACCCUAAAGUUUCAGUGUGCUUUUGGAAGGGCAUAGGAAUACAGCUUUUUACUUAAAAGGCAACAAAAUAUCUUAUAAAGGGAGAUCCUUGAUUUAUAUUUUCAGACAUAACUUGGCAAGAUUGUCAGUUAUCUAUUUCAAACUUCCUGAAAUAUCUCUGGCACAUCAGUAAUUUUUUUGGUGUAAUGCGUCCUUUAAGGGAACACAUUAAAAAGAUUUAGGAAAGAUGUAAAAAGUUUGGAAGUUCACACUUACUGGGAGCAGGUAAAUACAUUACAGGGGGCUGGGUUUUUAUGCUGUUACCAAGUCAGGCAGCUACAAAAGCUAAAGGAAAGAUAAUUCGCAAACUACAUUGAAAGCAGUCUUCAGAUUUACAAAUGCUUUACCAGUAGUAUCACAGUUCCUUAACCCACAGAAUUGGAGGAAUUAUUCUGUGCUCUAUCUUGGCCCACUGUGUGUAUUAGUUCUAAUCACAGAGUCCAUUUCUUGUGUGCUCUGCUCUAGGAGGACAUUGCACAGGUACACCAGACUCCAUUUCCCUCCAGUGACUUCACUGUUAGCAGGCUCCUGCUUCUUAGAUUUAAAUAGGCAUGGGAGUACAAGGCUUGUGAGUGAGGAACUCACUAGGCAAAUUUUAAGUUUGCUGAGGGGACCUAAAAGCAACAUUGACCGAUCACAAAGUUCAUUCUAAGCACUGAAUGUUUCGUAACAAGUCUUCUGAUAGCAAUCACUGUUCCGGCUGCUAAGUUUAAAGCUACUGUUGCUUUAGCCAUCUACCUCUGUCAUCCAAGAGACUCCAAAAUCUGUUUUUUGUUAUAAGUUGUUGUAGUAGAAAGGUUGACUAUUUUUCAGAAGAGAGAUCUGGGUGUAGUUCUGUGACUGUGACUGUACUGAAGGAAAUAAGUGUUUGAGCACAAGGUUAGAGAAAUCUCCUAGGUUUCUCUAGAAAAGGCUGUCUUUUACUCUUGGAGACAUAAUGUCAUUUUGCAGAGUACCAUGUCAUGUAAAUUCUAAUUUUGUGUAUUUUCAUUAAUGGCUGGGUCACCUUGUCACUUUUAUAGUAGUCAGUGUGCUGGCUUCCCUUAAGAAUAUUACAAGUGUAUAGCAGUAAAACGAAUACAUGUGUGUGCAUGCGAUUUAGAGUGGUAACAGUUUCAAAGUUUCUACAUGUGGUAUUGAAAUCAAGCUGAAAAUAUUUUCCCUAACUUUGUUCCCAUACAAUAUAUGAGAACUUAAGUGGCAUUUGCAUAAUUCCAGCACUGCUUAUUGCUCAUUGAUAGAGUGGUUUAUCUCCUGAUCACAUGCUCCAGCUGAGCACUUUGGCAAAACAGUGAUACAGGCAUUAGCUUGGAGGUUAAGGCUUCCAGCUAAUUAGGAACUGAUCUGAAACAUCAAAUGCCAGGUGCAUUGGUUUUGAAAGCACCAGCCAGUUGCCACUAAAAUGGUAAAACAGCUUCUGUUGGAGCUGAGAGCAUGAACAAGGUGAUUGUGAUUUUUAGGCAUCUCAGAACUAGGCUGGCAGUUCAACAGGCGUUCUGUGGCAAUAACUGGAAACCUCAUGCAUGUUGAACAACUAGUUUUUCAUGGGAUUUUUUGGGUUUUUUUCCCCCAGCUAUACUUGGGGUAGUCCUGGGUUUGCCUAAUGCAUCUCUAGUUUUAUAGUAUAAUUAUUCUACGUUUUCUCUUAGAACAUUCCUUUGUGGUCAGAAUUUUAGUUACACAUUUUGUCCACAUGAAACUGCAUGCAGUGGUUCAUGGGCAUUCAGCUUGCAAUUGGAUUUCAGUUUUACCUGUGUUUUCAUGGAAGAUCAGUCCUCCUAAGCAGGCUAUUUGCUGAGGAUAAGUUUGAGCCUACAGCCAUCCUAUUCUCUGAUUGCAAGUCCUCAUUGCUGCAGUCUCUGUGCAGUCAGCACUUAGACUGUGUAGGCUAUGAAAGUGUUAAAGCACACACAGAAGGGAAAGGGACAGAGGCUAAGGUGGGUGCCCAGGGAACAUACAAGACUCAUCAGUUGUUUCAGCACCUUUAGUGCCUCCAGUCUGUAACAGAAAAGCACAUUCUUUUAACCUGCUGAAUGGAGGAAGCAUAAAUGAAAUUGUACAACACAAAACUGUUAGUCCAGUGGGUGCUAAGGCUGCAGUAAAGUCAGUGCAAAGUAAGCCACCGUUGGAAGCAUUUACUUCGUUGUCUUGUUGAUAUGGAUCCAUUUUAAAUUACUGUAAAAAAUGGCUGUGAUUAAUAGCAGUGGUAGAGUUAUCUGAGAUAUUGUAAAAACACACCUUCACAACUGUAGUGUUUUGGUUUUGUCUGUGUGUAUGUGUGUGUAGCUACUGGAAGACACUAAAGUUUUGGUUCUGCUUUCACAACAAAUUUGUAACCAAUAUACUUAAAAAAAAAAAACAAAAACAAAAACCAACAAAACAACACCAACAAUGGCUGUUUAUUCAAUUUUGUUGUCUAGUUAGGUAAGUUUGGAAAAAGAUACCAUUGUAUAGAAUGCAGACUAUUCCACAGACCCGAAUAGUGAUGUUGGUCCAAAUCUGCUUAUUUUUAAUAACUUGUUUGUUUGUUUGUUUGGAUACACUAGUGCUCUUGGAAUAGAUUCUUGCUUGAUCAGAGUAUUCUUGUUUAGUUUUGUGGCAUGGUUUAUAUCUAUUCAGCAUAAAAUUUUGUUAGCUGUAAAAAGGACACUGUGUUGAUAACUCUUGUUCACUGGGGUUCAUGAGAGCUGUCAUUUUGAUUUGUUUACAUUAAACUAGUCUUAAUUUUUACAGAUUACUUCACCUGUUCCUCUAAUACCUAGGGAAGUCACCUCUAAACAGCUAAAACUUUCACUGGCUAUGCAGACGUGGAACUAUCAGUAAACUAGAGAAAAAAGAUUACAUACCUUAGUCUACACAGGACAAUGACACUUUAUCCAGAAGACCCACCAUUCUGCAAAAUUGCCUUUGUUUGCCAUUACUAGUGAACAAGUUGUUCUGUUUAUACAUUGCAGUCUUUCUUUAUCCAGGACACUUCUAAUGUGUGUAUUUAAGCAAAUCCCCAAUAUUUAGCUCCAUAGUAUCAUCACGUACUUCAUGGAAUAAAUUUGGAAAGGGGGAAAAAAAGAAUUUUUUCCUGUUUUCUAUAUUGGUUUCUGUUUUAAAUUUGUAAAAACUUUGUUUAUGAGUCUUUUUUAAUAAUACCUGAAACCUAGGUAUUUUUAGUUUUUUUAAUUUUUACAUGCAACAUUUGCUACUGAACAAAUAGGAUUUCCCCCAGGUUUUUUUCCCCUCUUGUCAUCUAAGCCAUUAAAAGGUGAGCACAUCAUAAUAGUACUAGAUAACUGGAGCAUGGGCACCUUUUUGAUAAGCUCAUUGGCUUAAAAAUGGAGAGAAGAGAUUGUGCACGCUCAUUUCAUCGUUUUUCUGAUUAGAGAUUGACAUGUGGAAUCUGAACAUCAGAUCUCUACAUUGAUUUGUUCAUGUCAGGCUUGCAGGGGAGAAAGUGGUACUUUCCAUCCUCAUCUGGAGCUGGUACAGGAUAGAAUUCCUAUAGACACAAAACUUUCCAGUCUCUGGCCUCAGCUUCUCUAAGAGCAAUGAUUCCUUGUGGUCCUUGUUCACAGCUUCAGCAGAAAUUGUGGGUUUGUCAAGGUAAUUAAGACUUCCAAAAUGUUUAGUCACUCAAGUUAAAUAUAGGUUCCUACAGAUGAUCCUAAAUUCAGACCCACUCAUAAAAAAUGGAAGUAAAAACACAUUUUCUGGAUGAAAAGUUUUAUUUUUCAGACAUAAGAAAUGGCCUGGAGCAGCUAGAAUCCUGUGCUGUGGAUUCUGGAAUUGAAGUCAGGUGUUGGCAAUUCCUCUUUCUCUCAUUUUAGUUCAAGCCCAACUUACAGGGAUUGUUACAGUUUACCCUCUACUUGUAUUUAUCUCAUUAAGCUACCUUUGAAAGUGGAUUGAAUUUGGGGGAUUUGGGGAAUAUGAAACAAAUCUGACAGUUCAUUUGUAAGGAUGUACAGAAUUCAUGAGGGGAAAGAAAGAGAGAAAGGUUUACUGUGACAUGCUAGGGGAUGGUACAACAUGAUUUACAGAAAGCAAGUUUGAAAGGUAAGGUUAUUCCUGGAUGACUGGUGUACAGCCCAGAAUGGCAGUCCUCUCACAGAACCCCAAGCCUUCUGCAUAAGUUAUUUUUCUAUUUGUGGGGGAGAAAAGGGGCAGUCCAUUUACAACUGAAUUCAUACAAGGAAACUUGAAAUUGUAGGUGUUCUUUCAGUCUGUAGUUUUAUUAAGUGCAUACUUUAAAUAUUGUUUGUCAGUGAGAAGGUUCUAUCUGGUGACAAAUGUUUAUAUUUCUUAUGGCUGCCUUGUAAAGAUUACAAAAUGUACAAUAAUGAAUUUCUUAAUAUGAAAUAAGGAGUAAGAUUUCUACAACUGCUAUAGAUUUUGAUGUGAGCUGGUUUUUAAAAUCUUGUAACAGAUUACUCACUUAAAUAAAACCUUCCUUGCCUUUAA